AUGUUCCAUCAGAUUCGGAUUUGUGAUGAGGAUAAGAACUCUCAACGUUUCCUUUGGCGCGCCCAGACUUCCGAGGAGCCAACGAUCUACUUGAUGGAUGUAGCUACCUUCGGAAGUACCUGCUCGCCAGCUUCAGCGCAAUUCGUCAAGAACAGAAAUGCUGAACAGCAUCACGAGCUCUAUCCAGAAGCAGCAACGGCGAUUGUCCACGAUCACUACGUGGACGAUUACCUAGCGAGUUUCGGCUCGGAGGAAGAGGCAGCGAAAGUGGCGAGCGAGAUACGUCACGUACACGGAAACGGAGGAUUCAAGCUACAUAACUGGCGGUCGAAUAGUAGCAAGGUACUGGAGCAGUUGGGGGAGGUACAGCAUGAAUCAGAUAAGCAAUUAUGCGUACCCGACGGAGAGAGUUCCGAGAGGGUUCUUGGGAUGUUGUGGAGUCCUACGACCGACGAGCUGAGGUUUUCUACACAGAUGAGCGGCGAGGUGCAAGGAUUAAUUCGCACAGCCACUCGACCAACAAAGCGGCAAGUGUUACGGUGUGUCAUGACUCUAUUUGAUCCUUUAGGUCUGCUCUCACCUUUCAUUAUCCAUGGAAAGGUCCUCAUACAGGACAUGUGGCGGAAAGGCACUGGGUGGGACGAACAAGUUAGUGACGACGUGUACUUGAAAUGGCAGCGGUGGAUCCAAAUGAUCGAGUAUAUAACAACCGUGCGAAUUUCCAGGUGCUAUUUUCCUCAAGCCAAUAAGGAGACCUAUGAACGCUCCGAAUAUCAUGUGUUUGUCGACGCCAGCGAAGUUGCGUACUCUUGCGCGAUAUACCUACGUGCGGUUGACAAAGAGGGAGACCCAAAAUGCUGUCUGAUUGCCGCUAAAUCUAAGGUUGCCCCGCUGAAACCAUGGUCGAUUUCCAGACUAGAACUGCAAGCCUGCGUAUUAGGUCCACGGUGGGUAAAGUUCAUCAAAGAAAAUCAUGAAAUCGCGAUUUCCAGGGUAGUUUUCUGGACGGACUCCAGAACGGCAUUGUCGUGGAUCGAGUUCGAUCCACGGAAUUAUCGACAAUUCGUAUCGUUUAGAGUAGGCGAAAUAUUGGAAUACACUACAAUCACUGACUGGCGGUGGGUACCGUCAAAAAGCAAUCCUGCAGAUGAGGCAACGAAAUGGGGCAGCGGUCCAUACUUCAACCAUGAAAGUAAGUGGUUUCAGGGACCAAGAUUCCUAUGGCUACCGGAAGGCGAAUGGCCACGUUCAGAAGAUCGGCCAACUGACACUACCGAAGAGAUGCGUGCUUCUGUCCUGCACCACUGCUCGUAUAAGCCAACGAUCGAGUUCGAUCGGUUUUCUUCUUGGAAUCGAUUACAACGGGCUACAGCGUACGCUCUGCGGUUCGUACACAAUACGGCCAAGAAGCAGUCGAGAUACACCGGACAGCUCCAACAACCCGAGCUUCGCGCAGCAGAAAUUGCCAUCUUAAAGUUGGUCCAACAUGAGUCGUAUCCGGACGAGAUUGCUGCAUUAUCUAUCAAAGCUCCGAACGAGACAAGACAGGACGCCAUUGAUAGACAUAGUCCCAUCUAUCGGCUUCUUCCUAUGAUGGAUAACAAUGGAAUGCUACGCGAACGUGGCCGGAUCGGAGCAGCCAAAGAAAUCAGCUACAUCGUGCGCUAUGCCAUUAUUCUUCCGCGGAAUCAUCAUGUGACGGAGCUACUAAUACUCCACUACUGUUAUCGACACAGCGUUCCUUUUCGCAAAUUCUAUGGGUUAAUUUAUUACAAACGAAAAGGUCAUCAACCCAAAUCUCCACAUCCCAAAAGAAGGGACAUAUCUUACACGAGCGCAACAAGUGCGCUAGAAUUUGCUAAGGAAAAAGGUUCAAUUUCAUCCUUCCCCGAAAUAGCUACCGGGUGA